AAAUCCUGUAUCCAUUUGUGUCAUUGUGUGUGAGUUCCAAAGCGGAAUAUCAAGCUCAAUUUUAAUAUCAGUAGUGGACAAUGUCGCUUGAAACAGUACCAAAGGACCAAAGAAACUUAAGAGCCUGCCUUUUAUGUUCACUUGUUAAGACUCUGGAGCAGUUUGAGUAUGACGGUUGUGAUAAUUGUGAGGAAUAUCUGCGUAUGAAGAACAACAGAGAACAGGUUUAUGACUGUACAAGCUCCAACUUUGAUGGAUUAAUAGCAUUAAUGGGACCAGAAGAUAGUUGGGUUGCCAAAUGGCAGAGGAUUGGAAGAUUUGUGAAAGGCUGCUACGCUAUCUCUGUGACAGGCCGACUUCACCCCAGUACAAUCAGAGACCUCAAAAGUAAAGGGGUGUUCUACCGCUCCAGGGAUACCAGUCAGAAAACCUGACGUUCACAGAAUCCAGUCUUUGUGUCGGGGAGCAGCUAUUGAGUGUUCAGAGGAAUGAUUGUGUACAGAGUGUGAGACUGAAGUGAACAGUGCGGAUAAAUAUGUUUUUAAAAUAGUUUUGCAUAUUUUGGUAAUAGCAAUUCAUAUAUGUUUUGAAUUUUUUGGACAGGCAUGGGCUAUGUCUGCCAUAAUAUAAAUACAAAAUAAAUAAUUUUAUGACAUAAUA